AAUUACAUGAAUAAAGAAGUGAGCGAUCCCAAAAUGGCGACUUCAAUGAUCGCACUAAGGUUUUCCACCCUGAAUAACUCAAGAAGUCUGUGCUGGAAUACGUCAAGGAAGUUUCUUUCUACUGUACCAGGAUUACACGAAGUAGUCAUUGCUAGUGCAGUCAGAACACCAGUAGGAUCAUUUAGAAGUUCACUAUGUAAUAUUCCAGCCCCAAGAUUAGGAACUAUUGCAGUUAAGGCUGCAGUGGAAAAAGCAGGUAUUAAACCAGAGGAUGUACAAGAAGUUUAUAUGGGAAAUGUGUGCACAGCUGGUGAAGGUCAAGCACCCACAAGGCAAGCAACACUUGGAGCAGGCUUACCAAUAUCGACUCCAUGUACAACAAUCAACAAAGUUUGUGCAUCUGGCAUGAAGUCCAUCAUGAUGGCAGCUCAAAGUCUUGCAUGUGGAAGUCAGGAAGUAAUGGUUGCUGGUGGAAUGGAGAGUAUGUCAAAUGUUCCAUUUUUAGUUGGGAGAGAUCCACCAAAGUAUGGAGGACACAAAAUGGAGGAUGGAAUUGUUAAAGAUGGUCUUUGGGAUGUUUACAAUCAGAUCCACAUGGGUAACUGUGCAGAAAAUACAGCUUCAAAACUGGAACUGAGCCGAGAGGAACAGGAUGAAUUUGCGAUAGGCUCUUACAAGAAGACAGCAGCAGCCUGGGAGGCAGGGAAAUUCAAAGAUGAAAUUAUUCCUGUAUCCAUUCCUCAAAAGAAAGGACAACCCGAUGUGGUAUUCAGUGAAGACGAAGAGUACAAGAGAGUGUCAUUUGAUAAAUUUGCAGCACUGAAGCCUGUUUUUCAGAAAGAAAAUGGUACAGUAACGGCAGCUAAUGCCAGCACUCUGAAUGAUGGGGCAGCUGCUCUUGUGCUCAUGACCAGACAGGCUGCUGACCGGCUAGGAGUGAAGCCACUUGCCUCCAUCAUAGGUUUUGCUGAUGCUUCAGUGGCACCCAUUGAUUUUCCCAUUGCACCAGCUGCUGCCAUGCCCAAGUUGUUACAACAAACAGGAUUGAAGAAGGAAGAUAUUCACAUGUGGGAGAUCAAUGAGGCUUUUAGUGCUGUUGUUUUAGCCAACAUCAAGUUGAUGGAGUUGGAUCCCGAGAAAGUAAAUAUUCAUGGGGGUGCCGUGUCCAUUGGCCAUCCUAUUGGUAUGUCGGGUUCACGGCUAAUAGCUCACUUGACACACACUCUACCCGAGGGAGCCCUGGGUCUAGCAAGCAUCUGCAAUGGGGGUGGAGGAGCCUCAGCUAUGGUCAUAAAAAGACUCUAGGCAGGUGACGUAGACGUUACAAGUCAAAUCUUACGUCAAUUCACGACUUUGAUGUAAUCGCAACUGCUAAGUGAACUAGAUGGGGUCUGACAGGAUGAAAUAAUAUCUGGCUGAGUGUACAGUCUAUGUAGUUGCUCCACAAGAUCUAUCCGCACAGAAUUGGACAUUAAAAUAAUAAUUCUUAAAUAUUUUAAGAAUAUUUAAAGGAGUCUUCUCAGUAAUUCUUGGCUGGUUAAUGUGUUAAAAGAAAACAGGCCACAGUCUCGCACUAUAGGAUAAAUGCGGGACAAAAAAGUGUUUAUUCUACACUUGAGUGAUUAUCCUAGCUAAAGAACAAAAUGCAAACGAAACGGUGGAAGAUUUGUAAGACUGUAAUAGUUGUUGAUCACAAAGUGUUUUCAACAAAUACUUUGAUUUAAAAUGGUCUUCCUUUAAAUGGCCCAGGGUAUUAAAGAAAUAAAAAUACAAAUGUUUCUUGGACUUGUUGAAUAAAACUUUGCAACUAUGAAUUGA